AUUUGAAGAAAGAAAGAUAUUAAGGAGAGGGGUUUUCAAUUGUGCGACCGUGAGCCUGAUGUUUGCCUCCUUUUGCAGAGAGCUAUAAGUUUUCAGUCUCUGAUUGUUUUGCUGCAACUCAAAUCAUUUCUUUUGAGAGAGAGAGAGAGAGAGAGAGAGAGAGAAAUUUUUUCAUAGCGCUAAAGAAUAUGUCCGUGGAAGCAGUUUCAGCUGGGGGCCUUUUUGUUCAUAGGCUGAGAUUCAGGAGUUUCAAUGGAAGACAGCAAAGCAAGGCUUCUUUCCUGUGUCCUUGCGUUGUUAGAGCUGCACACUCAACCGAGGACGAGGACAGGUUCGACAAGCAACUUGGAUUGUUUUCUUUAAGAAAGAAUGUUGAAGAUGUAGCCAUGCGUAUUGAAAUGAUGGCACCAAUGGCACUGGAAUUAGAACAUCAGAGACGGUCCCUGCAGGAAGAAAUGAUCCGGGAUUAUAAUCUUUGGGAUGACCCAGCGAAAGCAAAUGAAAUAUAUAAUGCUUUGGCGGACACCGCACACAGCAUUAACCUUCUCAAGGAUCUUCAAUAUAAGGCUGAGGAGGCAAAGUUGAUAACACAGCUUGCUGAAAUGGACACUAUAAGCUAUUCUUUGUGCAAGCAAGCAUACAAUACCUCCAUAGAUGUCAGCAAGUCCUUGGAUCGUUAUGAGAUAUCUAAGCAACUUACUGGACCUUAUGACAAGGAAGGAGCUUGCCUAUCAAUCAUUGCUGGGAGUGAAGGAGUUGAUGAUGAGAUUUGGGCAGAGAAGCUUCUAAACAUGUACAUCACUUGGGCUGAAAAGCAAGGUUGCUCAAAAAGGGUUGUUGAGAAGUAUCCUUGUAAGGAUGGUGGUAUCAAGUCAGCAACCAUAGAAUUUGAAUGGCAAUUUGCAUAUGGCUAUCUUUUAGGAGAGAGAGGAGUACAUCGGCUGAUUAAAAGUUCAAUUGAUGGCUCUGUCCUCCACGAGUUAUGCUUAAAUGUUCAGAGUAGCGUGGCCCAGGUGGAUGUGAUCCCUCUCUUCAUGGAAACAGCCCCAAACCUUGAAAUUGAUUUUGACGAUCUGGAGAUCUCUACAUUCUUCCCUUCUAACACAAAACAACAGACCGUUAACAAAGCGGGGGCAACUAUCAGGAUUUGCCAUAUUCCAACUGGUGUGAAGGUCCAAUCCUCAGGUGAAAGAAACCAUCUUGCCAAUAAAAUCAAGGCGCUUAAUCGUUUGAAAGCAAAACUUUUGGUGGUUGCAAUGGAAAGAGGCAUAUCUAACAUGCAAUAUUUUUCGAAAAACGAUAUCUAUAAUAUGGAGCAGCAAGAAACUCGCAGGUACUUAUCUGGCCCAUAUAAGUUAGUCCAUGAUCUAAAAACUGGCACUCGAGUGCCGGAUCUGUUUUCUGUUUUGGAUGGAAACAUUGACACUUUUAUUGGAGCUCAUAUAAGCUUAGGAAGGAAAACUAUCAAGAACUAGCUAGUUUUGAGAUUUUGCAUGAUGCCUUGUGCUCGGUAAGUUAAUGUCACUCAUUGUAAUUGUUUUUUUUUCUUCUCUCUAAUCUAUGUAGCUUUUAUUUCUUUCCAUUUUUUGACGUGGGCUUUCUUUUCUGGUUUCUAAUGUACUUGUCUCUUGAAAU